CCACCAAAACACGAACUGCACUAGUCUCGGAAACCCGCCGCCACCUAAACCCAACACUCGAUCAAACCCAUUUUUGCUUGUCGUUUUCAAGUCGCAACGCAUCCGAAAAAUAGUAUGAAGGAGAUUGAGGCAUUGUGGAGGGAAGUGAGGGACCUGAGUCUGGGGAACUCGGGGGGAGUGGAGCGGCUGGACUCACCCCCAACCCCACUCCAAUUCCUCAGAGACUUCGUGUCCCCUAACAAGCCCUGCGUCAUCUCCAAUGCCACUCUUCACUGGACCGCCCUCUCCUCCUGGUCCGACGAUGCCUACCUCACUCGAACCCUCUCCUCCGCCCAUGUCUCCGUCCACCUCACCCCCAACGGCCGAGCCGACGCCCUAGUCCCCUUAAAUUCCGACGACUUAGCAUCAUCAUCAUCUUCCCUCUGCUUCGCCUCCGCACACGUAAUGCGCAUGCCCUUCCCAGAAGCUCUCAAUCUCAUCGUCAAUCCCAAUUCCACUAAAUACGUGGCUUACGCGCAGCAGCAGGACGACUGCUUCCGCUCCGAGUACUCGGCGCUGGCGCCGGACUGCGAAGCUCACAUCCCCUGGGCCACCGAGGCCCUCGGGUGCCUUCCCGAAGCUGUUAAUCUCUGGAUUGGCAACCAUCUCUCGGAGACCUCCUUCCACAAGGACCACUACGAGAAUCUCUACGCCGUCGUUUCGGGCGAGAAGCAUUUCCUGCUCCUUCCUCCCACCGAUGUUCAUCGUAUGUACAUCUGCGACUACCCUGCCGCUCAUUAUUCUUAUUCCCAGGACACUGGAGAGUUGACAUUGGAGGCAGAGAAGCCAGCGAGAUAUGUGCCUUGGUGCAGUGUGAGUCCUUAUCCUUCACCGGAAGCUAAACACACCCAGAUGUCCAAAUUCUCUUUGUAUUUCGAUGGCCCCAAGCCCUUUGAGUGUACGGUCAAGGCCGGGGAGAUUCUUUACUUGCCAAGUAUGUGGUUUCAUCACGUUAGACAGAGUCCAGAUGCUGGAGGGCGGACUAUUGCAAUUAACUACUGGUAUGAUAUGCAGUUUGACAUCAAGUAUGCCUAUUUCAACUUCUUGCAAUCAGUUCAUUACCGAUCAACCCAUUGUCCAACAUUACCUGAAACAGUAUCUGAGGACUCGGAUUUGGAGUCGGACUGACUCAUUUGCAUAUGGCUUUAAGGAUAAAUUAGGUGCUGAUGAAUCUGUGACAAAUUUAGCCUAGGGAUUUUGAAUAGAAGGCUGGAGAAAGCAUAAUAAUCUUGACGAGAUCUUGUUUUUGCUUUCCUUUACUCAGAAUGCAGUCAAUAUGAAAUUUUUGUUUA